AUGUUCAGAAAAAAAAUAAAGAAUAGUGUGAUGACGUUCGAAGAAAUUUGGAGCAUUGAGUUUGGUGUUUUCAAAUUAAUCGGAAUAUCAUUAGGAAAUGCUCUCGUCGGUGAAAAUUGUAAACCAAGUUUGUUACAUUGGUUCAAAUUUAUUUCGGGGGUAUCUAUUUUAAAUAUAUUUGUUUUUAUUUGUAUUAACACAUUGAAUGACGAUAGGUUUGAUGAUAUUUAUCAUGCUGCUGAAGUUUUUUCGCUUAUUUUAUCAGUUUUACUAAGUAUAAUAAAGGCUUCAGCGCUAUGGAUCUAUCAAAGAAAUUUAUUAGAAAUUAUUAAAGAUUUCCACAAUCUUUGGAGCUAUUCUGAAACAAAAUUAACUUCGAAAAAUGACUUAAAUAGUUUUAUGAAAAGAUCUAAAAUAAUGAUAAAGUGUUAUUGUUAUGCAAUAGUUUCUCUUGGUUCUUCUUACGCUCUACGGCCAUAUUUUACAAUAUUGAUUAAUUAUGUGAAAAUAUUAUUCAAUGCAAGCAGUCACAUUAAUAAUUCGAUAACUAUUUUUCCAAUAAAAUAUCCAUUAGACUCCGACGCAAUGUAUAAAUAUAUUUUAUUGGCACUCUAUGAGCAAUGGGUUGUAUACUAUGGGUUGAUAUUUUGGACAGCAUGUGAUAUUCUUUAUAUUCAACUAAUAACCAAUCUUAUACUAAGCGAUGACAUACGUAGUUUAAAUCGAUUUCGAAAUACUGAAUACAAUUAUAAUGUCCAGUAUUUCAUCACCAGAAUAGUUGAACGGCACCGUUACAUACUGUCAAUAUUCUACAAAGUUAACACUUUGUACAGACCUAUUUUUACAUUCACAUUAUUGUUGAAUGGCGUGGAUCUUUGUUGCUGUAUAUUUACUUUAGAUAAAGAGUUUUCAAGCGGCCAUUGGUCAAAAGUAGGAAGAAGCUUCGCUCAUGCAUCCACUCUUUUUAUACAAAUAAUUAUUUAUUGUAAUUAUUCACAUCAAGCGACGGAAAUGACACUAAAAUUAAGUGAUUCUAUUUAUGGCUUGAAAUGGGAAGAUUACGACGUAAAAUUAGUAAAAAUGUUGAUUAUGAUAAUGAUUAGAGCAAAUAAACGGUUCAAAUUUUCUGCUUAUGGUGUGGUUGAUCUAAAUAGGCCGCAUAUGACUCAAAUCAUCAAACGAACUCUUGGCUAUUUAACACUCUUAAGAAGCUUCUCAUGA